CCUCGUCUUGGCCUAGCAUGCGUACAUGUACGAACGGCACAAUGCCUUGCCCCCUGUGAUCAUUUCGGUCCUACCCCUGAGCGUGGAAGCGCACGAAAUGUCCCCCAUCAAGACGAAGUUGCGGCCCGUCAGCCGGGACUUCUCCUUACUGGGAGACUGUCCAAAGCUAAGCUGGACGCUCUUCCGCUCCAGAGUCUGCAAAUGGUCGACUCAGGAUCGACAAACAAGGCAACAUGGUGGUGAUUGGGUUCCUUCAAGCAAUGUACACCAAUCAUAGUGUGAAAGGGGGUGAAAGAUCGAUAUAUAUAAGACCAUGAUCUCACAACAACUCGAGACAUUCUUUUACGAUUCCCUAUAGCAGACAUCCAGUCUUACAUUGACCAGAGCCAGCUUAUCACCAUGCACAUGCACAGCAAACUCGCCGUCAUCGGCGCCCUCGUCGCCACUGCCAAAGCUCAGUGUGCCGCCUCACUCACAGCUGAGACUCACCCUUCCAUGACAUGGCAGCAGUGCAGCUCAGGUGGUAGCUGCACCACUGUCAACGGCAAGGUCGUCGUUGACUCCAACUGGCGAUGGGUUCACGACUCAUCUGGAACCAACUGCUACGACGGCAACGAGUGGGACACAACUCGCUGCACGGAUGCCGAGUCUUGCGUCUCUAAAUGCUGCCUCGACGGUGCCGACUACUCUGGAACAUACGGCGUCACCACAUCCGGCAACGCCAUGACCCUCAAGUUCACCACCCAGGGCCCUUACAGCAAAAACAUCGGUAGCCGUCUCUAUCUGAUGAAGGACGACACCACCUACCAGGGCUUCAAGCUUCUAGGCAACGAGUUCACCUUCGAUGUCGACGUCUCCAACUUGCCUUGCGGUUUGAACGGUGCUCUGUACUUCGUCUCUAUGGCCCUUGAUGGUGGCAUGUCCACGCAGAGCGGCAACACCGCCGGCGCCAAGUACGGCACAGGUUACUGUGACUCGCAAUGCCCUCGUGAUCUCAAAUUCAUCGAUGGCAAGGCCAACGUGGAAGGAUGGGAGCCCUCGUCCAACGACGCGAACGCCGGUGUUGGUAACCUCGGUGCUUGCUGCGCGGAGAUGGAUAUCUGGGAGGCCAACAAGAUCUCCUCCGCCUACACUCCUCACCCCUGCACCAACUCCGCGUACCACUCGUGUGAGGGCGAUUCCUGCGGCGGCACGUACUCCGGGGACCGCUACGCCGGCGACUGCGACCCCGACGGAUGCGACUUCAACAGCUACCGGCAGGGCGACAAGAGCUUCUACGGCGAGGGUCUCACCAUCGACACGAAGAAGAAGAUCACCGUGGUCACGCAAUUCAUCGAGUCCGGCGGCCAGCUGAGCGAGAUCAAGCGCUUCUACGUGCAGGGCGGGAAAGUCAUCCCCAACAGCGAGAGCACCAUCUCGGGCGUCGGCGGCAACUCGAUCACCCAGGACUACUGCGACGCGCAGAAGACGGCCUUCGGCGACCAGAACAUCUUCAACCAGCGCGGCGGCCUAGCCGGCAUGGGCGAGGCCCUCGCAGAGGACAUGGUCCUCGUCAUGUCCAUCUGGGACGACCACGCCUCCAACAUGCUGUGGCUCGACUCCACCUUCCCCGUCGACGCGGCCGGCCCCGGCGCCGAGCGCGGCAGCUGCGCCACCUCCUCCGGCGUCCCCGCCGACGUCGAGGAGGUCUCGCCGAACUCCAGCGUCACGUACUCCAACAUCAAGUUCGGCCCCCUCAACUCGACCUUCAAGGCAAGCGCCUGAACACGGUGACAUCUGCGGUCGAAGCUUCAGCCGUCAUCGAUCUACUCUAGCUGCUGUUUUGUCUUUCUCCAACGAUAAUCGGUCCGAGGAGGGGAAAUGUUAAGAUGGUACUGCUGAAAGACAGUACUUCACUCACUCUCAUGUAUAUAUUGCCUCGAAUUUGUGAUCCCUCAUCCUGCAUUCAUCGAUCGAGUCUCUCGGCACAACUUCCUUUCCUGCUGAGCUCGGCUUGAUCUUUGACAUCAUUCUCCGUAUAUAGAAUACAUUUCCAAAAUCCAUACAUUCAUACAAAUUACAUCGUGGUUU